AUGCCGAGGUACUGUUUAUUCGGCGACACAGUCAAUACGGCUUCCCGAAUGGAAAGUAAUGGAAAAGGUUGGAUUCUGGACUUUGCAAAAUUCAAAUUUAUUUUCAGCAUCUCACAUUCACCUUUCCGGCGCGGCUCACAAUCUCCUCGUUACACAGUACCCUCAACAGUAUGAGACUCAAAGUCGUGGUGACGUCAUUAUCAAGGUAAAAUCAAUAAAUUGAUGGAAAAAGCUUCUAACUUGAAAAAAAGCAUUUUUGUUGUUCUCUAUUUUUUCUUAUAGGGUUUCAAUCAAUAUAAAUUUGAUUGAAAGACAGAAAAGAAGAAAUUUUGCAGGGCAAAGGAGUGAUGGAAACUUUUUGGGUCCUUGGAAGGAAAGGUAACACUCAUAGUCGUGCCACCGACACUCCUCCAGCUCACAAAGUGAGAUUUUUUCUCGUUUCCAAGUCGUGUGAUCCAUAUAGAAGAAUAGAGAUAAUAAUUGUAAUGAGAUUUCCUAUAGUUUUGACAAAAAGAAGUGAUUCACACGUCGAUACGGCUUUUCAAAUUCAUUUUCUUACUUCAUUUACUUUUUCGUUCAUUUGAAUUUCAUUUAAACACAUUUUAUUUUCGCCAUUCCGCAAUCUGCACGACAAAUACAAAAAAUAAAACAUUAGAACAAUCAAAUAAAUCCAAAAGAUGAUCUGUGGAAAGGAUUGUCUGAAUAGACGGUGCCCACUCCCAUUUGGUAUUAAGGUUGAUUCUUUGUUUUUUUAAUUAUUCAUGAUGUUUAUACUAUUCAAUUAUGUAAGUAGUUAAUAUUUGGAGUUUUAGAUUAUAUUAGGAUUUAGUGAUUUUAAAAACGUCAUUUUGCUCUUUUUUUGCGAAUUUAUGUAGCUUGAAGUAGCCGCAAGAAUCUCUACAAACUCGUGGUCUUCUUCAAAAUUUUUAAUUCUCAAAAAGUAGAAUUUCCAGGUGGCUUUGCGUACCAAGAAGCAAAACCGACUGACGACUCCAGAAUCUGAGCUGGCGACGGAACGAUCCGUCAGCCCGAUCGUCCAGAAGUUGGACGACGAAGACGUCGACGAGGCUCUGUAUCGGAAGUUCAGGCGAAGCGACACUGUUCAAGCAAAUUGA